AUGUGGAGAUCGGUAACGGAAAGUAUUCCCACGGCUGAAGGGUUAAAGAGAAGGAACAUUCAGAUUGCCGAUGAUGCUUGUUUGCUGUGUAACGAGAACGACGAAUUUGCUGUUCAUAUUUUCACAGCCUGUCAUGUUGCGACGGUUGUCUGGGAAGGAAUUUCUAAAUGGUGCAAGAUUCCGAACAUCAUUGCCUUUUCGGUCAAAGACCUUCUCGGUAUUCAUAAAGAGAUAACAAGUUCAGAGAGGAAAAAGGAAGCGGUGCAAGACAUUUUAAGCAUAGUUUGUUGGAGCAUAUGGCGUGCUAGAAAUAGUUCGAAAUUUGCCAACAUCCCGGCUAGGAUUGAAAAUAUCUUGAGCGAGGUUAAAUCCUUCGGUUUUCUUUGGUUUUCUAGUAGAUCUAAACAUAAAGGAGUAGGGUGA